GCUGACUUCCGUCCAACUCAUUUCUUCCGCAUCGGGAAACUUGACAGAGAAAAGAAAAAACCGUCGUGAAGUUUGGCGUUGCAACGCGUGUGAAUUGCUCGACCUCCAGCAGGAUGAUUUUACUGACAAUGAUCGCGCGUGUGGCGGACGGAUUGCCGCUCGCCGCUUCCAUGCAAGAGAAUGAUCAGUUAGGAAGAGACCUCCAGCAUUACCAGAGUCAAGCCAAGCAGCUGUGCCGCAAACUCGAUGCUCAAAGUCCAGACCGCUGCACCCUGGAAGCUAAAGAUAUGAACUUUCAUUAUUUAAUAGCAGACGGUGUUUGCUACCUGUCCCUUUGUGAGCCAUCCUUCCCCAAGAAAAUUGUCUUUACCUACCUCGAGGAGCUUCACAGGGAGUUUUCUGACCAGUAUGGAAGGAAGAUUUCAAUAGUGACAAGGCCGUACUCCUUCAUCGAGUUUGACACAUACAUACAGAAAACCAAAAAGGUAUACAUUGACAGCAGGGCCAGGAGGAACUUAGGUAGUAUCAACACAGAGCUGCAGGAUGUUCAAAGAAUUAUGGUGGCCAACAUUGAAGAAGUUCUACAACGUGGAGAAUCACUUUCUGCCCUCGAAACAAAAGGCAACAAUCUGUCCACCUUGUCCAAGAAGUACCGCAGUGACGCAAAGUACCUCAACACCCGCUCCACGUACGCCAAAGUGGCUGCCGUGACAGUCUUCUUCAUCACGCUCAUCAUCUACGUGCGAUUCUGGUGGCUCUGAUGGAAUCUGGACAAAGUCUUUGGAGGGAUUUCUCAGCACCUUUAAACUGCUUACCACGGUGCCUUAACAGGUGAACUUGUAGAGUUCAUAAUAGAAAAAGUCUGUUGAGUCUUUAUUUGAAAACUUUGCACUUUUUGUUCUCGCUCACAGGACAACACAUAAGGUUGAAUACAUGCUGAAACAGAAAAUAUAUGAUUUAGGCAAAUGUUAAAUGUGGAGCAGGGAAGUCUUGCUGUGCAAGCAGGCACUUUGUGGUGCGUUCAACUGUGGGGAUGAGUCAUGUUUACAUGUUUGUUUUAGCGAGGCAUUUAAGUUUCACCACGUGGGACUAAAGUCUUUAACGCUUAAACUGUGACUUUAAAAAGUUUAUUGUUUGACAGAGUUGUAAGUCUUAAAGGAUUAAAACAAAUAUAUGCAAA